UGAAACAACAAGUGUUUUAAUUUUGAAUCGAAUCGAUUUUGGUUUAAUUUUUUCGGGGGGGAGUUGUCUUCUUGGUGGCGAGUUAAAAUAAAUUUUUGCAAAAACAAGAAGAAGAAGAAGAAUUACGGAACGAAAAACGCGCCCAAAGCAAAAAGAUUUUUGUUUGAAGUACAAUUGUAAUCAUUCAAUAAUAUGCAAAGUCAAAAAGUCAAAUUAAAAUUGAUUGCCUCAAUCACGAUUGUCUUGCUGUUGCUGCUGCAUUGCACCUCCCCCGCCUAUGGCAAGAAAUAUCUACGCUGUGAAUUAUCCCGCGAACUGGUGGAGAGAUAUAAAGUGAAUAAAACGUUUUUAUCGAAUUGGAUAUGUCUAAUUGAACACGAAAGUGAUCGCGACACAAAGAAGGUCACCCGCCUUGGGAAUGGUGUAAACAAAUUCGGCAUUUUCCAGAUAAGCAGCAAAGAAUGCAACGAUGGCAGCAAGGUGACAUCUUGUGACACACAAAAAUAUCCCUGCUGUAAAGUGAAAUGUGAAAAUUUCCUCAACGACGACAUAUCCGAUGAUGUGGCCUGUGCCCAAAGAAUAUUCGAUUUGAAAGGCUUCCAAAAUUGGAAUGGUUGGAGUUCGUUCUGUCGUAAUCCUCAAAACUUGCCAAAUUUAAGUGUUGCCUGUAAUAUCAAUACAGUUACGCCGCUAUCGCGACUUUUUGCAUCGGCGUAUAGGCAUUAAGAAUUCUUAAAAUAAAUCUAAAACAAAGGACUUGGAAAAUAUAUAAAGUAUAAAUU